UUCAUGUAAACUAAUAAGGAAUUUCCCACUUUUAGAUGAAUCUUACAAAGAUUUUCCUGUGAUGUACAAUUGAUAUCUAUGGAGAUGAUUAAGGGAGUUCGUUAUGGGUCCUAAUGUUUUGACAAUUUGUGCCUGAUUACGUGACACAUAAGAAAGAGUAAAAGGACAUUCCCAUUACAUAUAAAUGUCAUCAGAAGCAUGUUUAACAAUGGCAAAUUGAUAGUGUCGGAGCGCCAGAACUUUCAUGACCACGACAGUUACAUAAUGUCUAUCGCCCACGGUCACCUAGGACCAAUAUAUAUAAAUAUACCCCAAAAUCUCCUCAUCACUCUUAGAAGAACUUGACCAUGUUGUCAAAAGUCUACAAGUUGUGUAUCAUUUUCUUGUUUUCAAUUCUUGCGACCUCUGCAUCGAAAUGGGAUUUAAAAAUGUCUUUGAGAGAUUUAAUUUCAGGACACUGUCGCGUGGUUACUCCUAGAGUUUGCCGAAAAUACACAGGAUUUGAUUCUGAUUUUACUUGUGCUUUUAUUCUGAGACACGUUUGCACCAAUGCAUACACAGGAAAGCAGUCACUAAAAAUGCUGACAGACACAGAUGGAAACGUUCAUAUAACACCCCUACCUCGAAGUCUAUCGUUCUACGACGUCAACGAAGACGGACUCAUAUCUCUCACUGAAUUUGCCAGAACUUUAGGACACAACCCACGUGAACUCCACGUCAAAGUUGCAUUCCGCGCUGCCGACGAAAAUGGUGAUGGUGUUGUAAGCUUCAGAGAAUUUCAAACCACAGAUGCCUGGGUGUUUGAAGUGAGACAUUUAACAAGUAAUUACCACCCAAGAACUGAAAGAGUCGAGGCCAAGAGGCAGAGAAAGGUUCAGCGGAAGGAUGCCUUCGUGAAGGCGUAUGUGGAUUCUGAUGAAUCUGAUGAUAUCUCCGAAGAAAGAGAAAACUCUUUCGAACACGUGGAAUCCAGAGAAGUAGAAAAAGGCGACUCCUUUGAAAAUUCAAGGGAGACGAAAGAACAUGACUCACUAGAAAGAAAUGACGACUAUGAAGAUGAUCAUUACGAACACAGCGAUGAAGUAUACGAUGAAGCAGAUGAUUCUCGAGAGGGGGUGAGUAGUGAUGCACACAGAGGACACAUGCCUAAUAUACCUGUUGUGGCUGUUUCUGAAGAAUUCAAUCAUUUGCAUAAAAGUGAACAGAAUUCACGCGAAUCGGGGGAUAACUCGCAUGAAUUAAACGACUCCAAAGAAACGAACAAGAACUUAAUUGAAAUAAACCACGCACAAGACUCUGGCGAUCAUUCAUUGGAAUAUGCGUCAGAGGAAGUUGAAGAUGAUUCACAUGAAUAUGCCUCAAAUGAAGUUGAAGAUAAUUCACAUGAUUCACAUGAAUAUGCGUCUGAGGAAGUUGAAGAUGAUUCGCGUGAAUAUGCAUCAAACGAAGACGAAGAUCAUUCAUAUGAAUAUGCAUCAAAUGAAGAAGAAGAUAACUCGCAUGAAUAUGCAUCAAAUGAAGUAGACGAUUCACAUGAAUAUGCAUCAAAUGAAGUAGAAGAUAACUCGCAUGAGUAUGCAUCAAAUGAAGUGGAAGAUAAUUCACAUGAAUAUGCAUCAAGUGACGCAGAGGAUUCACAUGAAAUUGAACAAGACAAUUCACACGAACAUGUUUUGCAUGAAAUUGAAGACUAUUCACAUGAGGGAAAAGACUCCAGAGAAAUUGAACACGAAGAACAUGGGGAUUCAAAAGAACAUGGAAGCCACGGAUAUGAAUCAUCUCACGAAGUCGAUGACAAAGAUUCAUCCUCAACAGAACACAAUGAAAUCCAUAGAGAAUCAAGGAAAGACUCACUUGAGAAAGAGGACUCAAGAGAGUUAGAAAAUGAUAAGUCUGAUGAAGACCAUAAAGAUGACAGCGACGAGAAAAAAAGUUUCGUCCCAAAAUAAAAUCGAAUGAUUAUAAAGUAACUCUUUGUUAUACCUUUGUACAUUAUUGUUGUGAUAAA